GCUAGACCCUACCAACCCAGUGACGGCCUCGCUGUGCGCGGAUCAUCCAUGGCUACGGCUCUAGCACAUCGCUACUUGUACUGCGCGCGAACCACGCUGCAUGUUCUGCCUGUCGCGCUACCACGGGCCCCACGGCGUGAGCAUCGCCUCUCGCCUGUGGAUGACGAGUUGUAUCAGCGGACUCGCGUCUCUCUGCUGCAACACGAGUCCCCUCACGCCAUGUACAUCGACAGCUACAACAGCCGCGGCUUCAUGGUCAACGGAAACCGCGUGUUCGGCCCCUGCGCGCUGCUUCCACGCUCGGUCUUGCAGUGGAACGUGGGAUCUCAUCAGGACAUCACAGAAGAGAGCUUUUCCCUGUUUUGGAUGCUGGAACCCCGUAUAGAAAUCCUCGUGGUGGGCACUGGAGACCGGACGGAGAGGCUGCAGUCCCCCGUGCUGCGAGCCAUGAAGGAAUGGGGCAUUGCUGUGGAAGUGCAGGACACGCCCAAUGCCUGUGCCACCUUCAACUUCCUGUGUCAUGAAGGCCGAGUGACAGGAGCUGCUCUUAUCCCACCAGGAGGGAUGUCACUCACAUCUCUGGGCCCCACUGCAGAAUGAACUACCAACCCAUUCAGGAGGGCCUGGGCAGUUUGCAGAGUGCAGAAGUUCGCAGUGCUUUACUAUUAUCUUCCUUUGGCACAUUACUUGUUUUGCUUGCCAACAUAUUAAUAACUUACAUCCGUGUCUUA